UUUUGCAUUAGAUUGUUUCUUUAAAUUAAAUGGUAUCUUAUUUUAUCUUUAUCGACUUAACGCUUUGUUGUACGAUACCAUGUGCAGUCAUCUAAGCGCUAUUUUCUAGUGCCCUUGGCAAGAGCGUGCUUGAAGCGACUGUCGUUGAGAACUUAGUUUUAGUAUUAUAUAUGAAGAGCUCAGCGUAUGCCAUCUAAUUGUGUUUGUUCAGUUGGGUUUUUGUUUGCUGCUUGUUUUUUGAUAAGCCUGAACUUGUACAUUUGUUCAGCCAUGAACUAGGAUAGUUUUCGCAUAAAGAACCAGUAGUAUAUUCAUACAUUUUUUCAAGGUUAAUGAAACGCAAAGACGACCUAGACAAACCCGAUCAGCUAUUAUAGUUACACAUUGAUUAUUCAGCGUCUUUUUUCAGAUCUCUCUUUUGAGCCGAGCGUUGAUCCGGGUUUUUAAGGAUGUCUGUCCACAACGUUGCCUCGAGAAGUUCGGAAAAGCUGCUUUUCUUUGGGUUUUUGGUUCUGGUUCGGUCGGUCUUGUGUCAUGGGUUUGCUGAAGAGUUCACCUCAGGCUCUUAUGAUUUUGGGUCUGUUAUUCUGGAGCCUCUGGACGGGUUGAGAAAAUACGUGGAGUCUAUUAUUGGCACCCAUGUGAUUGAGAUUUGCGUUGAGAAUGCUGUGUUGUACCUUGACUCAGUGUUUGGCCCAGAGAACAUCUAUUCUGUUGCAAUGUUUGUCGAAAUGUUGCUGCAGUUUGUUGCUGAAGGAGCUGCCAGUGGACUGAAUGUCAUUGCUGUGUAUGUAUCUGAGAUUCUCAGAGCAACAGGAGUCAACGAGACGAUAUCAGUGCCUCAUUUCACCGCAGAGGGUGUGUCUGCUGUGACCAAGUGGGCUUUGCUGGCUCUGAUUGGAUACUGGCUCCUGUCCUUGUUGCUUCGAGUCACCGUGGGGCUUGUAAGACGAGCGUUUUGGCUGAUUAAAGCGGUCGUAGUGCUGUGGCUGUUUCUGCGGAUCGUCUGUGACCCCACCGCCUCCACUGAAGUCACUACAAUGAGACUGACUCUACUAAUGCUCAUCUGUGCUGUGUUUGGAGUCGCUACAAGCAGCGGCGGUGGGACAGCAGGCAAAGCCGUUUGUCUGGAAAGCCGAAUCAGAAGACUGGAGGGACAAGUCAAAGGCCUGGAAAAGAAAACACAGUAACGAGCAGCUCAAAACAAGCAUACGGACUCAUGAUAACUGGGAGAUGAGAAUUCAGGGAUGACAUCUGAAGUGUUUUAUGCAACUCACAACAGCUUUUGGAGUAUUUCUAUCUGAUUUUGCCAGUUCUUUCUUGUUUUGAAUAUAUUUCAUAAUUCAUUGGGCCACGGAGACUUCUCCCAUAUUGUUUUUACUAAAAUGUAAAGCAAGAAGAAAAAACUUCAUCCUACAGCUCUGUGAAUUUAAUGUGCUACCAUUAAAGUUUUCCU